AUGGCUGCGAUGAUGCCAGGACCCGGCAGCAACAAUGGCCAAUCAGGCAACCCAUAUGAGCAUUACGACUCACCUACAGUGGAGGACGACGAUCUGAUAGAUCCUGAUGACGCCACCCUCGACGACCUCGACGACCCGAUCAAUACCUCCGACCGCGCACCCCUGACCGGCAACAUCUCCUCCACCCAAGCCAACCAGAACAACCGCGCAGCGAACAAUACCCAAGGCUACUUGAACUCGGCAAUACCUGGCGAAGACAGACGGGCACCUGUUAAUACUAUCGACGAGUCGGUAUGGGAGACAUUAAGGCGAGAUCUGCUGGCUGUGUGGGAGAAAAUGAGGCAGGUGCUUUGGCCUAAGUACCUGCUUGGUGGUAUGAUGCAGAGAGGUGGUGGUAUGGGCGGUGCGGAGAGAGGAGAUGGGAACAGUCUCGCGGGUGGUGUUGAGACUUUGCGAGGGCUGGUGGGCAGGUGGCCUGAUGCAGAUGCUGUUUUGCAGGGCGGUAUGAGUGAAGGGCUGAGAGAUUGGGAUCUGUGGUAUGUUAUUGUGAAACCCUUGGUCGUGAUACUGGGAGGACCACUUGCUGACACGAAUGACAGGGGACCACUGUUAUUCUGCCUGCUGCUAUCAUUCCUUCUCUCACUCAACGCAAGAGAGGAUCAGCGGUCACUGGUCUUCAGUGGUGUCUUUGCCACAGUAUGGCUGGGCGAAGCGAUCGUCACGAUGCAAAUCAAGCUACUCGGAGGCAAUAUCUCCUUCUUCCAAUCCGUCUGCAUUAUCGGCUACACCCUCUUCCCUCUGGUCAUCGCCGCGCUACUCAGUGCAUUACGAGUACCGACCAUCGUCCGAAUACCAGUGUACAGCGUUCUUGGACUCUGGUCACUAGCCGCAGGUGUCAGCAUCUUAGGUGGCAGUGGCGUUGUCAAGAACAGGGUUGCGCUGGCUAUGUAUCCCCUUUUCGUGUUCUAUGUUGGGCUGGACUGCUUAUGUUUUAUUUCAUAG